AUGAUGAAUUCACAACCUGCAACACAUACCAUAAGGUCUCAUGGCCUAACCAUAUCCAGGAUUCACAUGCAUGAUUGGUUGAUUCUUGCACUACUACUAGCGAUCAUGGGGCUUCUAGGUCUUCUCCAUCCUUUCCAUCGUUUUAUCGAAAAAGACAUGAUGGUCGAUCUCAAGUAUCCGAUGAAGCCUAGCACUAUCCCAUUUUGGACAGUUCCUCUAUAUGCAGUUCUAUUGCCAAUUGCUAUCUUCCUGGCAUUCUAUCUUCGUAGAAGAGAUGUUUAUGAUCUUCACCAUGCAGUACUAGGGCUUUUGUUCUCUGUUUUUAUCACUGGUGUUAUAACAGAAGCUUUAAAAGGAGCAAUCGGCCGACCUCGCCCAGACUUUUUCUGGCGAUGUUUUCCAGACGGAAUAGAUGUCUAUGAUCAAUGGGGAGAUGUUAAGUGUCAUGGUGAUAUCGAUGUUGUAGGACAAGGCCAUAAAAGCUUCCCAAGUGGGCAUAGUUCAUGGUCUUUUGCGGGUUUGGGAUUUUUAUCGCUCUAUUUAUCUGGAAAAAUAAGAGCUUUUGAUCAACAAGGUCAUGCUGCGAAGCUAUGCAUAGUGUUUCUCCCUUUGAUUGUUGCAUCUCUUGUUGCCAUUUCUAGAGUGGAUAACUAUCGGCAUCACUGGCAGGAUGUAUGUGUAGGAGGCCUUAUAGGUAUCACAAUGGCCAUAUUUUGCUACUUGCAGUUUUUUGCACCACCAUAUCAUGCUAAAGGUUGGGGACCUUAUGAUUUCUUUCGGGCUUUAGAGGAGUCUUAUGCAAAUGCUAGUAAUGUGGGUGAAGUAGAAGUUCAACAAAAUGAGAGGAAUAAUGAUUUGGCAAUGGGGUCUUCAGUGGAUUCACAUAUGUCAGCAAAUGAUCUUGAAUCUGGUAGGUGUUAGUUGUGACGUUUUGAUAAUACUUAAAGACUAGGUUGAUUUGUUUAUAUGGUUGGCUAAUGUUGUACAUGUUUUUCGAUUGUAAACUUGUAAUCUAUUUGUAUCUGGUUGAGACCCAAACCGAAUCGUAUAGAAUACUAUGUCUAGAGAGAGUUAAAAAUUGCACAUAUGGUUAUGUUUUGUAGUUACAUGUAAUGAUAUUAUUGUUCGAGUAAAUUUGGUGUAGUAUUUUUAGCAUUCAAG